CGACUGAAGAGAGGAAUGCCAGACCGACUGAACCUUCACCUGCAGAGAACAGAGCAGGCAUGUGACUGACUCACCUGCUGAGAGAGAGAAGGAAGAAGGGAAUAAUUUGCUCAGUCCGUCUUCAAUCAGUCAACUAGUAGAGUAGGAGACUCAGUGAGUCAAUUGUGCAUCAGUGAUUCAGAGAUUCAGUGAAUCAGAACCUGUAUGUACUGUAGGUCAGACAUUUGGCAGGUCAUUUGAAUCAGUGAUCAGGUGAUUCAAAUAGAGAUUGAGCGAACCAGGUGACCAGGUGAUUCAGAUAGAGACAAGGUGAGCAGUUGAACCAGUUGAAGCAGGUACCAGGUGAACCAGCACCAGUAUGUCCAGUGUGGUCCAGUUCUCUCUGCUGCUGGUCCUCCUUCUAGCUGUGCCGGGUCAGGACUGUGCCACUGCCCGGGUCCAGAGGAAGGCAAGGUCCAGGGCCAGGUCAGGCUGUGUGAAGGACGGGUUCUCUCGCUGUGUGGACCUGGCCAAACUGCAGCAACUGAUCCAGGACGUCCAGAACGGCUUCGUAAGUACCGACCAACUGUAUUUACAUAUACUGUCUUCAUCAGUAGACUACUGUAUAUCUCUCUAGAUACUGUCUUCAUCAGUAGACUACUGUAUAUCUCUAUAGAUACUGUCUUCAUCAGUAGACUACUGUAUAUCUCUAUAGAUACUGUCUUCAUCAUAGACUACUGUCUCUAUAGAUACUGUCUUCAUCAGUAGACUACUGUAUAUCUCUCUAUAGAUACUGUCUUCAUCAGUAGACUACUGUAUAUCUCUCUAGAUACUGUCUUCAUCAGUAGACUACUGUAUAUCUCUAUAGAUACUGUCUUCAUCAGUAGACUACUGUAUAUCUCUAUAGAUACUGUCUUCAUCAGUAGACUACUGUAUAUCUCUAUAGAUACUGUCUUCAUCAGUAGACUACUGUAUAUCUCUCUAUAGAUACUGUCUUCAUCAAUAGACUACUGUAUAUCUCUAUAGAUACUGUCUUCAUCAAUAGACUACUGUAUAUCUCUAUAGAUACUGUCUUCAUCAAUAGACUACUGUAUAUCUGUAGGAUCACACUAUAGUUAUUACACUGUACUCACAGAAACUAUUACACAGUGAUAAGAACACCUGUAAUGUAAACUGUCACCCAAUGAAGCCAUCUGUGUCUGAAAAAAAGGCUCUUGGUCACUUGAUAUCUAAACGUUUAUAACCCGGAGGAGUAAUGUGAUUACUGUCUAACUGGAAAUACACGCGUGUGUAUAACAGCAACACAUCAUUACUAAAGCACUGUGUAUGGUAAAAUGGGUCAUCUGUCAGCAUCAGUGUCAGAUUUUGCCGUCCUCCACGAUGGAUCACGCCGUCCUGACAUCAUGUUUAUAUUUUUACAUUUUAGUCAUUUAGCAGACGCUCUUAUCCAGAGCGACUUACAGUUAGUGAGUGCGUACAUUUCUUUCAUACCGACAUCAGUCAGUGUGUCCCUAUGGCUUGUGAUGCAGUUCUAAAAGUAAUUCAAUGCGUAGAAGUGUGUUCUAUGGCGAGGGCUUGUAACCUCUAACCUUGGAAAUUUGAAUGGUAAAAUCAUGGGUACACUCCCAAUGGCUAACCAAAGAUAGGUUAUAUUUCUAUGGGUCAAUGAUUGUGUGAAUGAGUCUUGACGCACUGUACCUGUCAUUCCCUUCAAUAGAAAAUCACGUCUCAUGAUGAGAGGAUCCUGCUAAAGACAGUCACCUUUGACAAGAUCAAGAAGCACAAGAAGGUAAGGACUGACCAUCCCUCGGAGAGUGGUUCCUCUCUAGGUUUCUUCCCAGGUUCCUGCCCUUCUAGGGAGUUUUUCAUAGCCGCUGUGCUUCUGCCUCUGCAUCGCUCUUUGGGGUUUUAGGCUGGGUAUCUGUAAAGCCCUUUGCGACAACCGCUGAUGUCUAAAAGGGCUUUAUAAAAUACAUUUGAUUGAUUGAUUGGCACAAGCUCUGGGGUCAUGCAGAGUCUGAGACGUGUUUUGAGUGCAACGAAGAAGUUCCAUCGACACAAUCUCCGUCGUGCUCCGCCUCGGCAGCACAUUUACUAACACAAUGUUCUCUCACGUCUAGUACCACGGUUGUGUCCUGCUCAAAAUCGUGGACUUUUAUCACGAAGUUCUCCAGAGACAAGACGGAGAUUAUACUGACCUGUGGGGCCUGCUGGAUGAAGUGAAGGACUGUGUUCCCAGAGUAAGUGUCUCAAACAUUAUAACUGCAUCCCAAAUGGCACCCUAUUCCCUACAUGGUGCACUACUUUUGACCAGGAUCCACAGGGUCCAUAGGAAAUAAGGUGCCAUGUGCUCAUAGGGCUCUGGUCAAAAGUAGUGCACUUUAUAGGGAAUAGGGUGCCACUCUCUGGUCAAAAGUAGUGCACUAUAUAGGGAAUAGGGUGCCAUUCUCUGGUCAAAAGUAGUGCACUAUAUAGGAAAUAGGGUGCCAUGUGCUCAUAGGGCUCUGGUCAAAAGUAGUGCACUAUAUAGGGAAUAGGGUGCCACUCUCUGGUCAAAAGUAGUGCACUAUAUAGGGAAUAGGGUGCCAUUCUCUGGUCAAAAGUAGUGCACUAUAUAGGAAAUAGGGUGCCACUCUCUGGUCAAAAGUAGUGCACUAUAUAGGGAAUAGGGUGCCAUUCUCUGGUCAAAAGUAGUGCACUAUAUAGGGAAUAGGGUGCCACUCUCUGGUCAAAAGUAGUGCACUAUAUAGGGAAUAGGGUGCCAUCUGGGACGUGGACUAUGUAAAUGCAUGAACCAUCUCUCUGUGAAGGUAGAGACUCAAACACAGCCAGGAUUUCCUGUGGGGCCUUUUUGUAGUUCAGUGAUUCUGUUACACUGCACUGUAAUCCAGCUAUCGCAUGUACAAGACUCUCACACUAAUCUGUCAAAGGAAUUUGUGACAACAGCUGACGAAGAAAAAAAAAGGCUUUUUUUAAAUAGAUUUGAUUGAUUGGCUGAUUGAUUGCAGAUGAAGAAGAUCUGUGAAAAGCUGUACCAGGAUGCUGCUGGGAAGCUGGUGAAUGAGGUAAACUCAGGACUGACAAUCAAACACAAUGCACAUAAAACAUACACAACUGAAAUAAACAACCACAUGGGACAAGUCAGCGUGAGGUAACGAAUGACAACCUAAUAUUUCUAACUUCUGUUUAUUUUUCCAGUCCAAGAUAGAGGAAGACAUGGAGCUGCUGUCGAAGGACGCAGCCAUUCUGCAGCUGCAGAGACUGAAGGCAGCCAGCAGAAAGGUGGGUUCCAUGUUAGCUCUUAAUCCACCGUGAUCACGCAUCAAUAACACUCAAGAGGUGGUUACAGAAGAUCACAGUGUGUUUUAGCGAGACUGUGCAAGCAUGUGUCAUUGGCUGGCCUUAAUAGCUUGUUUCUAGGUUCUAGGUUCUAGGUUCCUCAAUCAAUCCAUUUUUAUUUUAUAAAGCCCUUUUUACAUCAGCAGUACUGUUGUCACAAAGGGCUGUACAGUUACCCAGCUUAAACCCAAAUGGCUCUACAGUUACCCAGCCUAAACCCAAAGGGUUGAACAGUUACCCAGCCUAAACCCAAAUGGCUGUACAGUUACCCAGCCUAAACCCAAAGGGUUGAACAGUUACCCAGCCUAAACCCAAAGGGCUGUACAGUUACCCAGCCUAAACCCAAAGGGCUCUACAGUUACCCAGCCUAAACCCAAAUGCUGUACGUUUUACUCCCCUAAACCCAAAGGGCUCUACAGUUACCAGCCUAACCCUCAAGGGGGGCUGUAUCAGUGUACCAGCCUAAAACCAAAGGGCUGUACAGUUCCCAGCCUAAACCCAAACGGCUCUCCAGUUACCCAGCCUAAAACAAAGGGUUGAAACAUUUUUUUUUUUUUCCCGCCUAAACCAAAGGCUGUACCGUUUUACCCAGCCUAAACCCAAGGGUUUGAAACAGUUACCGCAGCCUAAACCCAAAGGGCUGUACAGUUACCCAGCCUAAACCCAAAUGGCUGACAGUUACCCAGCCUAACCAAAUGGCUCUACAGUCCCCAGCCUAAACCCAAAUGGCUGUACAGUUACCCAGCUAACCCAAAGGGCUGUAACAGUUCCCAGCCCUAAACCCAAAGGGUUGAACAGUUACCCAGCCUAAACCCAAAAUGGCUGUACAGUUACCCAGCCUAAGCCCAAAUGGCUGUACAGUUACCCAGCCUAAACCCAAAUGGCUCUACAGUUACCCAGCCUAAACCCAAAUGGCUGUACAGUUACCCAGCCUAAACCCAAAGGGCUGUACAGUUACCCAGCCUAAACCCAAAGGGUUGAACAGUUACCCAGCCUAAACCCAAAGGGUUGAACAGUUACCCAGCCUAAACCCAAAGGGUUGAACAGUUACCCAGCCUAAACCCAAAAGAGCAAGCGAAGCAGAAGCACAGACAUGUUCCUCCAGCUAACACCAUCUCUCUUCUGUUCCCUCUGUGGUUGUACAGGUGGUUGAGCUGUCCGAGAGGGCGACUCUGGACAAGGCCAUGGGAGAGCUACCGGGUCUGGAUGAUUACAUCCAGGGGAAGGGCCUCCGCAGGAGCUGAGGGAGUAAUCAGACCGGCAGUGACUACGCACACACAGCCCUGC